CACCAUACAACUUACAAGGUACUAAACCGUACAACAACUAACGACGUUAAUUAAAAUGUCAGAUCAACUUUGACAACGUUCCCACUAUCCAUGACCUUUACCAGCAAGUUCAUAAAGGUCACAAUCCCAACGACAAUACGGUGAACACAAUGGCAUCCGCCUCGCCAGCACCGCAUAAGCCUCGGCGCAAAAACAAGAAGACACAUUUCGACAAUACCAUCCAUGUCAAACCCGAAGCUCUAAUUCGCACGCCCUCGUUUCCUCUCGCAGCUUUCCUCUGGCCUGCUCGGAGCUCUCUGUCGCAAUGGGAGGUCUUACCGCUCAUUCUUAUGGUCGUUGGCCUUUUUAGAUGGGCUGCCGGACUUUGGGGAUAUUCAGGCUUCCGGAAGCCGCCCAUGUUUGGUGACUACGAAGCGCAAAGACACUGGAUGGAGAUAACGACACAUUUACCAAUCUCCCAAUGGUAUUUCCACGACCUAGAAUGGUGGGGUCUCGACUAUCCUCCCUUAACCGCGUAUCACAGCUGGCUACUCGGAAAGGUCGGAUCACUUAUUGACCCCUCGUGGUUCGAGCUCUACACUUCGCGAGGGUUGGAAGAUCCAACGCUCAAGGUCUUCAUGAGGGCUACCGUUAUUGUAUCCGAGUAUCUGAUAUACAUACCUGCCGCCGUGAUCUUCGUAAGGAGGUAUAGCAAAAUUUCAGGUGUUGCUCAAUGGACCGCAUCCGUAGCCCUGGUCGCGAUCCUCAUGCAGCCGGCUACUAUUCUUAUCGAUCAUGUUCACUUCCAGUAUAAUACCGUGAUGCUUGGCUUCGUCUUGGCGAGCAUGUCUAGCAUGGUAGCGGGUCGAUAUAUGUGGGCUUCCAUCUUUUUCGUCUGCGCAUUGGGGUUCAAGCAGAUGGCGCUUUAUUAUGCACCAGCCGUGUUCGCAUUCCUUCUGGGAAGCUGUACUUUUCCUCGCAUCAACAUUGGACGGUUUAUGGGAAUCGCAGCAGUUACUCUCGCCUCCUUCGCCGUACUCGUAUUGCCCCUUGUUAUAGGCACGCUAUACGACGUCAACCGAGGGAUUGACUCGCGACCUGAUCUAGAUGGGCCACGCCCUCCUUUGCCUAUAUUUGCUUUCCUCUCGGACUAUCUAGACACGAAGGCUCCAUACUAUCCCCUAGUUGAACAGGCCGUGCAGAUGGUUCAUCGAGUCUUCCCUUUUGCGCGAGGACUAUUCGAGGAUAAAGUUGCCAACUUCUGGUGCGCAGCUAAUGUCGUCAUCAAGUUACGGAAAUAUCCAACCGAACUUCUACAAAGAGUCUCGCUCUUGGCGACUCUUGCUUCGAUUACUCCUCCGUGCGCUAUCCUGUUCUUCAAACCGCGCAAGGAUCUCCUCCCAUAUGCCUUUAGCGCAACAGCGUGGGGUUUCUUUUUAUUCAGCUACCAGGUCCACGAGAAGAGUGCGCUUCUGCCACUUCUCCCCAUGACCGUGCUCCUCGCAGGAAAGCAGGGACUAGGAAAGGAAAUCAGGUCCUGGGUUGGAUUUGGCAAUCUCGUUGGCGUGUGGACUAUGUACCCGCUGCUGCAGAGAGUUGAUCUACGAAUCCCUUACGCAGUCCUAACUCUCCUAUGGGCGUAUUUGUUGGGCCUACCUCCCGUAUCGAUCAGUGCCUACUUCGAAGAAGGACAGAGCAUAUGGGUUCAAUGGCUGACGGCGAUCGUCCACGGCGCUUUCUACGUCGCCAUGGGCGCUUGGCAUAUCCUAGAUUUGUUUGCUCUACCACCUCCCGACAAGCCCGACCUCUGGGUCGUUGCCAACGUCGGCAUAGGCGCCGCUGGGUUUGCCUUAUGUUACCUAUGGUGUUUAUGGAAGCUGAUACAGGAGAGUGGAAUUAACCGCCGGAAACCCCCGGCAUCUAAGGUCAAGACGACUUGACAAUAGGUAGACUUGUUUGUUUUUUGUAUCCAUGUACAUAGCCUGUAAUGUACAAAAUUUUUUGACA